UUUCCAGAUAUGGGUGUUGAGAGAGUAAUCGGUCAAAAAGGUCGCGAGGAAAGUGGAAGCGAUUUACUUGAAGCGGAAGUGAGUUCGGAGGAGGAAUUGGAUCUGGCUCAGCUGGAUGAUGCGAUCUCGAUAGAGGGUUUGGACUGGAAAAUUGGCUUUCAAAAGCUUAUCUCAACGAACGACAAGUUCCGAGCUGCGCAUUAUCGCCUCUACAAGCGUGAACUGAUUGAUGCGGCAUUCCGCAGACGAGAGGAUUUGUUGGCUUUCAGCGAUUGUUUUGACGAACAGGAACGAAGCAGAUUGAAAGCGUUGAAUGAGGAGAACUUGGAUGAACCCAUUGAAACAUUAUGGGAUUUGAUCUGCGAAGAUCCCAAGCAAAUGGAUAAGCUCAUGAAUAUCGCUAAUGAAAGAAAUAAAGAGCUGCUGAAAAGGGCGUUGCAAGAUAUUCCAGCAGAGGCACUGAAAUACUACGUGAUGUUGUUUGUGAACGAGCCAACGAAGAUGGAUAUGAUCGUGAAAACACUCGAACCAGUUCCGAUCAUUUCACGACUAAAAUAUGCAGAGUAUGCAUCGAUCGUUAGAAAAGUCGAAGAGAUGAUGUCACGUCAAUUAUACGAACAAGCAUCGUGUGAUCUGAUGCGAACGAUGCCACGUAUCGUCAGGACUGGUUGUGAUCCGUCUGAAUGGUUUUUCGACUUUCUGGAGGCGUGUAGUCACGACGCAGCGAAUCGAACAAUACCUGAAUUCAUCGAUCGUGACUAUAAAAUUCACAUAAAGUUGCACAACGUGAAGCGUCGCAUGGGCGAGCCAGCUUCGAAAGGUGCCCGAAUGGGGAGUGCAGAUGCUGAGAAUCUAACAGCAACACCGUUGCCAACUGUGGACGCUUCUGAUGAAUCUCCGAAUCGAGCAUGUCGCGCGCAAGACGACUACAAGAACUAUCGAAGGAAAACAUUCUCGGAUGAGCGUAUCGCAGCACUGCCUGACCCCGAACCAAUCCAGCUGCGUCCCUACCAAGAAGAACUAGUGGAAACGGCAAUUCGCGGUGUGAACACAAUCAUCUGCGCACCAACUGGAUCCGGUAAAACGAUAGUUGCCACUUACGUGAUCCGGAAUCAUCUGCAGGAAAAGAAAAAGAAAGGCGCGGCUCGUGUGGCAAUGUUGGUGCCGACCGUGCCACUGGUAGAGCAGCAAACGAAAGCACUGAACCAGUACCUGCGCAAGGUGUACUGGCUGGAGGGUAUGAGUGGCAGCGAGCAUGUAGACGACGAUGGACGUGCGCCGUUCGUGUUGGCCAGUGAUGUCACCGUAUUCACACCACAGGUUUUUAUUAAUCUGCUGAAAAGUGUACGCAAGGAUGAUCGGCUGUAUUUCAACGAUUUCACGAUGUUCGUUUUCGAUGAGUGUCAUCAUUGUGAUGGCGAUCAUCCAUAUAAUGAAGAGGGUAUUGUUGCAUUGGUGAGGGUCGGGUUAACGUUUAAAUGUUCAGUUUUGAUGCGUAUGCUGCACGAUUUCACGGGUCCGAAACCUCAGGUGGUUGGCCUAACCGCUUCUCUUCCGCUGGGUUCGGGUCGUGCUAAUGUUGAGGCGGCACUUGAUCAUAUGAUGGAUUUAUGUGCAAAACUUUCGGCGCACUCAAUCAGUACUGUUCGAAAACAUCUGCAAAAUCUUCAAGAGCACGUUACGCCGCCAAUUGAUGGUUUGCUUGCUCUCUUUAAAAAUAGUUGGAAUGAUUUUUUUUUGGAAUUUAAAGUAUUGAAUGCACAACGUCCAAAACUCGAUCCGUUCGUAAUGGCCGUAUCGAAUGCCAUGUUAAAAAUUGAAUCGAGUCUUCGCAAACCUCUCAACGAAUUUAGUGAAGAACUGCAAUUGCGACCGGAUGAAGUAAGAUUCCCGAAUCAUCGAGAAGCGCGUUAUGAGAGUUUUAUCGGUUCGUUGAAGUAUCGCAUCCAGACAGAUAUGAAAUCGGGCAGUGUGAAGUAUCAACUUCUCAAGUCAUUGGAACAUCUUCGUUAUUAUUUUCGUACACUCGCGCUGGCCGACGUUCUACCGAAUCAUUAUGCUUAUGUUUAUUUGAGCAACACAAUCGAUAAGGAGCCAGUACCCAAGGAUACAACAGCUGCCAAUUUGCAGAUGCAGUUGAGAAGACAUUUUCAAAAGUAUAUACAAAACGAAUUUCGCCAUCUGGAGACCAACGAAGAUGAUUCGGGUGAGGAAAAAGAGAUAAUUCAACGUCUGCACAAAAUUCUGCGUGAGCAGUAUCGUGACGAGCCGUUCUCACGUACAAUUAUAUUCGUCACAACGCGUAUGUUAGCCGAGAAACUUUGCGAUCACUUGAAUACAUGUAGAAUCGUGGAUGGGGGUCGUCGUCCGGGAUUGCGAUACGACGAUGCAUCCCGCUUCUUAGGUUCAAAUCAGUCGUCGUCAUUGAGUGGGCAGGCGGCCGCUGACCAACGUUUGAUGAUCGAAGAUUUCAACGCCGGUCUUCGAAAGAUCCUCGUAGCGACAUCGGUCGCUGAAGAAGGUCUUGAUAUAUCGGCGUGUAAUCUUAUCAUCAAGUACAACAACACUGGCUCCGAGCGUACGCUUAUUCAGCGUAGAGGACGUGCUCGAGCUAAGAAUUCGAGAUCGAUUUUGUUGGCGUUGGAUGGUUCAAUUGAGAAGCGAGAACUGGAGAAUAUCCAGAAGGAAGAGUUAAUGCGUCUUUGUUUGAAGCACAUUCAGACCAAGUCCGAGAAACAGAUGCGCGAGCUGGUUGAAAAGAAGAUCAAGGAGCAGAGAAUGAUGCGAGAAUCAGAAUUAAAGCAGGACAGAGAGAGACGUAAGCAGUUACAGGGACGCAGCUAUGACAUUUGUUGUCAUUUGUGCAAUGCAUUCAUCUGUAAAAGUAGUGAUAUGCGAAUUGCCUGUGAAAGUCAUUACGUUUGUUGCGAUCCGGGCAUAUGGGAACGCCUCGAAUCGCGUGUGCAUGAGAACAGUAAGUCAUUGGUAAUCGCAACACUCGUCGGUAAAGCGUAUUGCAAGGGCACUGGCGCACAGGAAUGCCGUGAGCCGCUCGGUUCAAUUGUACGUCUGUACGGUGCCUUCUUGCCAACAAUUACGGCGAAGUCGAUAGUGGUGAUCGAUAAGAACGAUACGGAAAAUAUGGGUCGAGUUCGAGAUGAAAAGAAGUGGGAUACGAUCUCCAGGGAGAAGUUCUUCAUUGAGCCGAUCACUGAGAAUGACCUGAAAUUGAUGCUGAAGGCGUUAUGGACGUAUUCAAAAGAGUCGCAUUAUAAGUUCGAAACCGAGGCACAAAUGGUCGCCGAAAGAGCGUUGGAAAAAAUGAAAAUGAAAAGAAAAUGCAAAAUCAAGUAUGAGAAUGAUGAUUAG